AUGUUCAAGUCUACCGCGCAAACCCCAUUUGCUUUCAACCCGAUAUCGACAUCCGCAUCCACAACACCACUUUCUUCAGCAUCACAACCUACGAAUCCGUUUUCAAUGCCCAUGUCAAAUGCACCCAGUUUUGGUGCUUCAUCGCUUUCUACGCCCUUUGCAUCUUCCUCGUUUUCAAAUUUCAACACCACACAGGCUGCAACACCAGCCAUGCCAUCGACUCAAUUUACAGCAUCAUCUGCCAUGCAAACUCCAUUUACAGCAUCAUCUGCCAUGCAAACUCCAUUUUCAACGCCAGCAAACACCACGCCCCAAUUUCCGGCUCCAGGCACGGCCAAUUCGUUUUUUACACCAUCUUCAUCCGUUUUUUGCACACCCGGAACUCUUCCUACCCAAGGAACCUUUACCACUCCAUCUUCCAUUCAAGCGCCUAACUCUUCGUUGAAACCACCUCUCUCGGAAGCGGUGAUAAAAGAGACGGCACAUAAGGCAGCCAUGCCGGUUCCAUCGAUUGCAAGGGAAAAUAAUGAUCUGGAAACCCAAAUAGGCCAAAUUGAAAAGCUACUUCUUCAAGUCAAAAUCCAGCUCGUUAAAUCAUCGGAAACCUUUGAGGACAUGAGAGAAAAGGGGAAUUCGCUGUUUUCCGAUCUGGAACUAGCCCUGUUUUCUCUUGAAAAGUUUAAAAACCCAUCGAUGAGAAGCACAUUGUAUGUGCUUGACAAGCCAAUAGAGCGGUAUUUUAAAAAGCGGAUCUCUGCCUUUGGACAUACCCUUGGCCUUUUAAAAACCCGAAUUGAAGCCAAUGAUCCAAAACCCCUUGCCGAUGAACACAUUGGCAUCCUAAUAUCCAACCCCGAUCUUCUCGCGUGCAAGCUGAAGGAAUUUUUAAAGUCCAUCGUCCAAAUGGCAUCUGAAAUUUCAGCCUUGGAAGAAAAGCUAAAUGCAAGAGUUCAAACAAAGCAAAAGGCCUAA